AUGACAAUAUAUUUUCCUACAGAUCGAGGUCAUUUUGAUGAAAAAAAUAUAAUUCAUGCUGAUUUGAAAAGAAGUAUUGUUUUAUAUGGCCCAUGCAGACCCACCAAAAUUGAAUUUUCAACUUCUCCAGAUGGUAGUGGACAUCCACGAAAGUUUUCAUCUGAGUUUUAUUUUAAAACAGUUAGGUCUGGUGUUCGCAUUCCAAGGUUAUGGCUCUGCUAUUCAGUAGUAUUGGAUUGUGUGUACUGUGAAACUUGUUGGCUGUUUGCAAGCAGACUUGAACAAUUUAAAAACAAUUGGAUUGUGGGAAUAAAUGAUUGGCAUCAUAUAGGUGAAAAAAUAAUUGUUCAUGAAAUUUCAAAACAACAUAUUCAAGCUGUUGAGCUUAGAAACAUAUGGUCACAAAACAAAACAAUUGAUAGUCAGCUAGAAACUCAGAUUAAUAAAGAG